AUGAUAAUUUUGGAACAAAAUAAUUCGGUUAUAACAGAAUUACUUACACUAAAAUUUUCUUCCGUCAAACAAGGCAAUAAGCCAGAUUCAGUUGAUUUUAUAUUUGCCGAUUUCGAUGGUGUUCUUUAUCAUUUAUCAAAUCCCGAUGGUGAUCGCUCGAAACUAAUGUUAAGCAUUUCAUUAAAAUUUUAUAAAGAACUUCAAGAACAUGGCGCUGAUGAAUUAUUACGCAAAGAAUAUGGAGAAUAUUUAAUGCAACCACCUGAAGAUGGCUAUAAUGUAUCGCUUUUAUAUGAUUUAAAUAAUUUACCAGAUGAUUAUGCAAAAAUUAUCGAAAAAGCAUCGCAUUUUAAAAGGAAUUGUUUUGCGUCGGUUUUUGAAAAAUAUUUUAAUUUGCAAACAGCUGGAGACGAACAACAAAAACGAGCCAUUAUUCAUUAUCGUGAUGAUGAAACGCUAUAUAUUGAAGCAAAAACCGAUCGAGUUACUGUUAUAUUCAGUACAAUAUUUAAAGAUCCAGAUGAUGUCGUUAUCGGAAAACUAUUUCUUCAAGAAUUUCGUGAAGGACGUAAAGCAUCUCAAACAGCACCUCAGGUUUUAUAUACAGUCGGCGAGCCUCCACUUGAACUUAAGAAUUGUUCAGACGCCCGAAUCGGUGAUAAUGUUGGCUAUAUUACUUUCGUGCUUUUUCCACGCCAUACAAAAGCAAAUGCAAGGGAAAAUACAAUAAAUUUAAUUCAUACCUUUCGUAAUUAUCUUCAUUAUCAUAUUAAAUGUACUAAGGCUUAUAUGCAUUCACGAAUGCGAGCAAAAACUAACGAUUUUAUCAAAGUUUUGAAUCGUGCUCGACCUGAAGGACGUAUUGAAAAGAAAACUUUUUCGUAUGUUUUUUUAUUUGUUAGAAGAAAAUGA